CAUGCUAUUGGCUACGUAAACACCUGCCGUAUGGACGCUUGUAAUUAUUUUAUUAGGAUGCGGUAGUAAUGGUUCCCUGAUCAUUUGGUGUGACUCGGUCUGGUUAUUUAAAUUGACACUUGUUUACCAAUAAGAGUGAUCAUAAUCUUGCAGCUCUUUUAAGACGAAAACGACCAUGCCAGGAUUUAUGUAAAGCUGCAUCUCAGCCUGCGGUUUCUUUGUGGCGGCUGCCAGCGAGUGUUCCAUUCAUAGCAGACCAAUCAGAUUUGAGUUUGUUGGAGUCUUCGGGCCAAUAGCGUGCGUGGUUGUUGUUUGGCCCUGAUGCGACCGCGGACAGACAGUGGCAAGUGGACCGGUUUGAAGCUAAAGCUAAUUCAAUCAUUUUGGUAGCUUGUUAUUUUGUAAAAAUUGCAUAGUUUUCAUUCGCAGUGUGCUCGCGAAUCUUAUUUCGAAAAAACACAUCUGAAAAUAUCCAAACGGCAGGGCUAGGAGACAAAACGGGGCAUUUAUUUUGUUGAUAUAUUUUUCUGUCCUGCUAGCUGAAUUGCCAGCGAGUAGGCGCCAGUCCCGCUUGACAACAGCGCUAUUCAGUCACGUUCUCGGUGUUGUUGUUUGUAGCCGGUGAGCCAACUUGCUAAUAUCCGUUAGCUUCGAGCAAAAAAAGAUAAAUACAAGCUAUUUUAGUCCAACAAACAUGGCAGAAUUCCUCGAAGAUCCGUCGGUACUCACGAAAGAUAAGCUCAAAAACGAGCUCACGGCGAACAAUGUGCCACUUCCCAGCGGAGAACAUAAAAAGGAAGUGUACGUCCAGCUGUAUCUGAAAAACUUGACCAUUCUUAACAACAAGAAAAGUCCACCUCCGGACACAUUUUCCAGCGACGAAGAGUUGCCCGCCCCCGUGAUCUCCAACAAAAGUCGCUCCGGGAGAAAAGCUACCAGAAAGACCGACAAGCCUCGCACAGAAGAAGUAGAAGUGACAGAUCUCACUGAUGAAGAUUUAAAACAACAGUUGGCAAAGCAUGGUGUGGAUUCAGGACCCAUUGUGGCCUCUACCCGUAAGUUGUAUGAGAAGAAGCUGCAGAAGCUUUUGGACCAGACUCCUGCUGAAACUCCCACUGAGCCUGAAGCUACCACAGAAGUCACAGCUCUGACCAAGGCAGACACCAACCAGAAUGGCAACACAAACUCUGACCAGUACAGUGACAAGGAAGAUGAGGAGAUAGCUGCUCCUGAACCAGAGCCGGUUCCUGUCGUGGAGAAGCCUGUGCGGAGCCGAGGGAAAACUCCUGUCACUGUUAGGACCAGCAGCAGACGACAAGCCAAGGUGGUGGAGGAAAAGCUUUCUAGUGGUGACCAGACCCCCAAGAAGACCAGUGAGAGUGUUGUUGAAGAUAUCCUCGCAAAUGAAAUUAGCACACCGACAGGCAUCAGUGCAACCUGCCGACGGCCAAUCCGAGGGGCGGCUGGUCGACCACUCCAGCCCAGUGAGUACUGGUUGGACGAGUCAAAGCUGACGCGAAGCGUCCGCACCGAGACCCGCUCCUACUCAGAGUCUGUCUCCCGAGUCAGCAGCACAACAUCCGCGAGCAAGGCACCGACCAGACGAGGCUUCCUGUCUGUGCUGCUCAAGCUGCUGCUCCUGGUCGUGGUGGCCGGCUCUCUGUAUUACGCCUAUGAGAACCUGGAUGCCGCUCAGAUCGACACUCUCAGAGGCCUCGUGGACAGCGUUGUCGUCCCUCUCCAGGGCCUUGUGGACAGCGCAGCCACCUACCUGGGCAUCAGCAGCAAGGAUGCCACAGAGAGCACUGGCAAGUAAGGACCCUCAGCCGUCCCACGCCAUGCCCAUGCCACACCCUGCCAUCUGCCACAGCACACCACAACCCGAGCAGCAAACUCAGAUCACCUCUUCUUUUGAUACAAAAUUGAAUGAAGGACGCAGUUUUGAUUGGGAACUGUACACUCUCCCGUUUCUUGUUCCAGCUUCCCUCCCACAACAAAAGGGAGGUCUCCUCAAACUACAGCUUCUGGAUAACACCUUUUUUGUGGCAGUCUGAAGAGACUCAUUUUAAUGUUGUUUUUAAUCUGUGAAUUGUUUGUGUCUUUGUGUGUAUUUAACCCUUACAUGUAGAACUGAGUGCAGAAUGGAGAGGACAGCUAUCCAUGCAUGAUUAGAGUUUUUGAAGGACAUAGUUUCUGUUGCUCUGUGCCAGGUGUUUUUCUGAUGGUGAAGUGCCUGGACACUGUUAGCACUUAGUGCCCUCCCAUUAUAAAGCACAAAAUACUAAUAACAAAACUGUCUACAUGUAUUUCUCCAUGAAUAAAUAAAAAAUACACUGUAGUUAUAGAGCUAGGUAGAAUGUCUCAUUAUUUUUAUGGUGCUCAGGUCAAUUCCGCUCUAAGUUAAUGUGAUCUGUGCUGGGAGGAGACACGUGGUGUAAUCAGGUCACAUCACUGUAUGAGGAAAAUCAGCCUAUUUUCAAGUCAAGAUAGAAAACUGUUUUUUGUUUUUGUUUUCAGUGGCUGAUAACUGCUUGAAAACCCAGUGCAGAGGGCUUUACAAUUAUGGCUAAAAUGUUAAUUCUAGCCAUUUUGCUCUGUAUUCUGAUCCUGAUUAUUACUGUUUGUAGCUUCAGGAAGAAAAUUUUACUGCACUCUUUGCAUCCUGUAUGAACAUCUUCGCUGUUUUUCAAAUACAGUGGAUGUUCUAAAUGAAAUGAAGUUUUUCAGUUUUUCUGAUCCACCAUUGUUUGACAGUUACUAACUGAGCAAGCUAAAAUUGCAGCGUAUGCUUAUAGGUGAUUCACUGUCCAGCCCUACCAGCGUGCCCAUGUGAGUUUUACAUGCUUUGGGUUUUAGUGCUCUGUUGUGUUUUCUUUCUUUUCUUUUUUUUUUUUUUUUUUUCUUUUCCUGUUAGAUUUCUGAUCCUUCAGUCCCCUCUGCAGGACUGGCUGUUGCAGUGCACCCACAUAGCCCACCUCUCUUGACUGCAUGUUUCCGUACACCACUGAUAUGGAAAAAAGACUUAAUGAAGGAAGUAGCUUAAAUCCUUUUGGAACAGUUACUCUAUUCGUCUUAACUCUCUUUUUAACUCAACUACUCCUGCCUGUGUAAAUUACAACAAUUAAGAUAUUGCAGGAGACUGUGAAUGGGGUUGUUUACCCACUGGAAGUAAACCUCCUCUGGGUGUAUCAAGGGUGCAUUCUGUGGAGGUGGUGUGGAGACAAAAAAAAAAAAAAAAACACGGGCAUAUUUGUUUCUAUUUUGAUAUUUUUCUAAUGUGGUGCAUUCACCUUUUUAUAGCACAUUUUAUGGUAAUAUUUGAAAGCAAUAUGUGAAACAUGCAAGUGAUACUGUAUCUUAAUCUGAACAUUGUUUACUUAAAAAAAACAUGAUUUGGUCUUUCAUCAGGCAGCUCUCCAACAAUGGACAGAAAUGCUAGGGGUUAUGUGGGUAAGGAUUUUUAAUCUGUUUUAUUUAUGAUAAUGUAGACAGUAUAUCAUGAAAUAAACUUGGUGAUUGCCA